ACAGACCACAGCAUUGACAACACCACAGCAAUCCUAAGGGAGUGGCUGAAGAACGUGCAGCACUUGUACCAUGAUGUGGAGUGGAGGCCGAUGGAGGAACCCCAGUCUUACCCAGAAGAAAUUGGGCCCAAACAUUGGCCAAGCUCCCGAUUCACUCAUGUGAUGAAGCUGCGCCAGGCUGCCCUGCGUGCUGCAAGGGAGAAGUGGUCAGACUACAUCCUGUUCGUUGAUGCAGAUAAUUUGCUGACCAACCCACAAACCCUAAACCUGAUGAUAGCAGAAAACAAGACGUUGGUGGCACCAAUGCUUGAGUCUCGCUCGCUCUACUCCAACUUCUGGUGUGGCAUCACCCCCCAGGGCUAUUACAGAAGGACCCUGGAGUAUCCCCUGAUCCGGGAGUGGAAGAGGAUGGGCUGUUUUGCUGUCCCCAUGAUUCAUUCCACGUUCCUCAUCGACCUGAGGAAGGAGGCCUCCACCAAGCUGAUGUUCUACCCCCCACACCAGGACUACACCUGGAGCUUUGAUGAUAUCAUGGUCUUUGCCUUCUCCAGUCGCCAAGCAGGAAUACAGAUGUUCAUCUGCAACCGUGAGCACUACGGCUUCCUCCCCAUGCCCCUGAAGCCACAGCAGUCACUGCAAGAAGAAGCUGAGAACUUUGUGCACACACUGAUUGAGGCCAUGAUCGAUCGUCCUCCCGUCGAGCCCUCUCAGUAUUUGUCUGUCCCUCCCAAGCACCCUGACAAGAUGGGAUUUGAUGAGAUUUUCAUGAUCAAUCUGAAGCGUCGGAAGGACAGGAGGGAUCGGAUGCUGCGGACGCUCUACGAGCAGGAGAUUGCAGUCAAGAUAGUGGAGGCUGUGGAUGGAAAAGCACUGAACACGAGUCAGCUCAAAGCUCUGAGCAUCGAAAUGCUCCCUGGGUACCGGGACCCCUACUCCUCCAGGCCACUGACCAGAGGAGAGAUUGGCUGUUUCCUGAGCCACUACUACAUCUGGAAGGAGGUAGUGAACAGAGAGCUGGAGAAGACACUUGUCAUUGAGGAUGAUGUGCGCUUCGAACACCAGUUCAAGAGGAAGCUCAUGAAGUUGAUGGAUGACAUUGAACAAGCCCAGCUAGACUGGGAACUCAUCUACAUUGGCCGCAAAAGGAUGCAGGUGCAGGAGCCUGAGAAAGCUGUUCCCAAUGUCAGGAACCUGGUGGAAGCUGAUUAUUCCUACUGGACCCUGGGAUAUGCCAUCUCUUUCCACGGGGCUCAGAAACUCAUCGGGGCUGAGCCCUUCGGCAAGAUGCUGCCAGUAGAUGAAUUUCUGCCAGUCAUGUACAACAAACACCCUGUAACGAAGUACAUGGAGUACUAUGAGCCCAGAGACUUGAAAGCCUUUUCAGCAGAACCCCUGCUUGUUUACCCCACCCACUACACAGGGCAGCCAGGCUACCUCAGCGACACAGAGACCUCCACCAUCUGGGACAACGAGACCGUGUCGACAGACUGGGACAGAACACACUCCUGGAAAUCCAGGCAGCAGGGCAAGAUCCACAGCGACGCGCAGAACAAGGACGCGCUGCCCUCCCAGUCCCUCAACGCGCCCUCGUCCAGGGAUGAGCUCUGACUGCCCCUUCCCUGGGGCUCUGACAGCUGAACCUGCCUCACACUUUAGCUUUUCACCCUUGAAAGUUGUAGAGCAGCUCUUCAUGUGGUUUCCUUCCCACUGCUUCCGGUGGCCGAGCG